AUGUCAGAGCAAGUAGGUGAAUUUGUGUAUAGCAAGAAAGACUUUAUUGGACAUGGAGCUUUUGCAGUCGUUUUUAAAGGACAUCACAGAAAGGUAACGUACAAUGUACUUUUCCACGGCUUUGCGAAGACGAAAUAAUUUCUUUGAUCGUUCGCUUUCCGACGCGAUUCGCUUUUGGCCGAGUAGUUUUCCGAGUUUGUUUUUUUUUUAAUCUAAGAGAAAAGUGUCGAAUAGAUUUCCGAAGAUGGAAUAACCAAAGUUUUGCCUCACCAGCGAACAAAUGUGAGCCUAUGGGUACAUAUCUUUGACAUUUAUAGUCUAUGCUUUCAUUACGCAAAUUUUUGUUUUGAUAUCGAGCAAACCAUCACCUCGCUCGUCAUUACAUUUGCUUAGUUAAUGGUCAUAAAAAAAUCGGUGAGCCUCACACAGAUUUAUUAGCGCUAUUUUACAUGGUUUAAUAAAUCCCAUAGGAAAUGCGCCAAGCAUAUCGCCGCAGAGAAACGCCAACUGAUGCAAGUUUUCCUUUCGUCUGUGUCCUUUUGACUUCCUCUCUCACUGGUUGUACGUGAUGUUAGCUUAUAUUUCUCUUUAUUGCAGAAAGAUGACUUCGUGGUAGCUAUUAAGGUCAUCGCAAAGAAGAAUCUCUCCAAGACUCAGAAUCUUCUUGCAAAGGAAAUAAAAAUUCUAAAGGUGAGAGAGGGAUAACUUUAUCGUAGAAAUCUUAUGCAAUACACAUUCAUUUUGCAGAGCGAGGUUUUUGUCUGACAAGCCAUUGUUAAUUGCGUGAUCACAAGACACAAUAUAUGCCCAAGGGGAAAGUUCAUUGAAAUAAUAGCAAUCCUUCACGCAGUUGUCAUGUGCAGCCAGCUUAGUGAUUGCCCUUGAUCGAGCGGUCAAACUUCAAUAUUGGGUUUCUAAUAUUCCCGUUAAGUAUCCUUGUUUUGAAAAGUGAAUUUAUCCCGCGUAAUUUAAGACACUGUAACUUAGAAAACCUUUUUCUUGCGUGCUAAAAAGUAUAUGUACCUACCUGUGAACAAUGUUUAUAUCUUUCAUUUUAGGAACUUCAUCACGAAAAUGUGGUUUCUCUUUUCGACUGUCAGGUAAUGAUGGAAUUAUAAAUAUUUUCGAUUUAUAAGAAGAAUGAUGUGUUUGGAAUUUUGGAAGGUUGCCCAGAAUGAAAGAAGAAGAUACCGACUACGUUUUUUUCAGAAAAUUAUUUCAUACUUGCGUGCCGUGUAAAUUGAUCUAGUUUUAAGUAACGUCAAAAUAGAAGGCAAUGUAGAAGCCGUUGUCAAACACUUGUUUUUUCCACCCUUUAGGUUCAAAUUUUCCUCCACUAUCUCUACCCCUUUGGGUUUGGAAUGUAUAAUUUGAUUUUAUACAAGCCUAAAAUAAUGGUCAUAUUUUGAGGAAAAUUAAGCCUGCCUUUGUCCCUGACACUGAUUGUGGUCAUGUUAUGUGGUUUAUAAUUUUAGCAAUACUAUCAAUUUUAUUGUAAAGGUUGCAAGUUUUUAUAUGAUAAUGAUCGUUGACUGCAUAUAUUCUUUAGGAAACAUCCAAUAAUGUCUUUCUUGUUAUGGAGGUUAGUCAUCUUUGUUUGUUUGAUGUUUUUUCUUUGUAACUUAAAUUUAUGUCAUCAAACUAUUUGACACACUUUGCAUUUAGUACUAAGUGUGCCAAGGCAUCACAGACCAAAGAAUUUUCUGGCCGCUUUGCAGAGUAUUUCAGCUAAGUUUCAAUGGUGUUUGGUGUUUUUUAUUCAGAUAUGCAGCUAUUAUAUCAUAUGUUCUCUUACUGUGUUACCUUAUUCCCUAGCUGUUUGAAGUUUUCCUUUCUAAAUAUGUAAUUCAUAACUUUUUCUAAAGGAUAAAGAGGAUCAGAAGCCCCCUUUGCAACCCUCUGUAAAGUUUUGAGACAUUGUGCUGUUAUGUCACUCAUUUUCCUUCUGUUUUUACAACUCUCUUGUGUCUCAAUGUUGUAAUAAAAAUUCUGGUGUUAUACUCUAGUUAAGCAGUAGUGUUUCUUGAUUCAACAGUAUUGCAAUGGAGGGGAUCUUGCAGACUACCUUCGUGGUAAGAAUGUUCACUUCAGUUACAAUGAAUAAAUUAUCAAACUUAAGGUACAUGUACAUAUACACUGUUACCAAAAGGGUUAUUGACCCUUUAACCCCUAAGAGUGACUAACAUCUAGUUUCUCCUUUCAAUAUCACCCUUGAAUCUAACAUUAAUGUCAUGAGAAUAAAAGAAAUGAUCACUGACUGAAGAAGUUCUCGGUUGUUAAACAGAUCCUCCUUGUUAGGACCUUAGGAAAUAUACAAGGAACAGUAUAGAGAAUAUGCAUACUGAUGUUAGGGUGUAAAGGAUUAAUGUUAUAAACAAGUCUACAUUAUUCCUUACAGCAAAGGGAACCCUCAGUGAGGAUACAAUCCAUAUUUUCUUACGUCAGAUAGGUAUGGUUUUUCAUUGAUUUUUUUUAUUCCUACUGUUAAUAUUUGAAAUAAAAUUUACAUUGUCUUUUACAGUGUAGCUGGAAUAUAGUCGUUAUGUAUUUACUCUGACUUUUGACUAUAUUCAAUUUGUUAAAUAAUUUUGGUUCUCCUCAGCUUCUGCCAUGUGCACACUGCAAUCCAAAGGUGUUGUGCACAGAGAUUUAAAGCCUCAGAAUCUACUGCUGCAUCAUGCAGGGACAACCACUCCCUCACCAUCACAGAUCAAAAUAAAGAUUGGUAGGUUUUGCAUGGGUGUUGCUUUCCUCACUUGUGAACAGCCACCUCAAUCAUUAACCUCAUGGUGUCAACCUUCUUCAUAAGGAACUUUCACCAUGAUAAGCCACAAUGUCUCAAAUUCUUGCAGUAUUCUGUAGCAAACAUUCUUUUCACAACAUAGAGUUACUAGCCACCUCAUUAUUUUUUCUUUUUCAUUUGUGUUUGGGACUGGCAAUGGGAGAGGUCUAAGGUAUCUACUUUUUGUAUUAUUGUACUGUUACCAUUUAUUUUACAUAUUCUGAAUUGUUGUUUUAGCUGACUUUGGGUUUGCAAGAUUUCUCCCUGGUGAAAUGAUGGCAGCUACUUUAUGUGGAUCUCCUAUGUACAUGGUUUGUAUAAACUGCUGAGAUAUUUCGAGUUCCUGAGUUGCAUGAACUAUAAUUAUGUGUUUCUCUGGGUGCUAUUUAGAAAAAUGGUUUCACCCUUAACAAAAUUAUUAGUGGUGAAACAGUCUUUGUGAGUGAAAAUGGUUUAUUUGAAAUAAUACUGCUGCCGUUUUGGACUUCAUAGAGUUCUUCUAAAUUGUCAUUACAUGUAUUUGCAAAUAAGCAAAGAAUCAAAGAAAUAAAACAAAUUAAACUACAUAGUCAGCAAUUAUUGGUAGAACUCUGUGUUUAAAUAAUUUUUUGUACCAUAUUUCAUUAUUACUGAAUGACAUGUGGUCAAAAUUUCAGUUCUAUAUCCCACUUUUGAUAUAUUCAUUUACUGAGUUUAUUUUCCUUCUUUGUCAUUCAAGGCUCCUGAAGUUAUAAUGUCCAAAGGAUAUGAUGCCAAAGCUGAUCUCUGGAGUGUAGGGACAAUUGUUUACCAGUGUCUCACUGGUAAAGCCCCCUUUCAGGUGCUCUUAUAUACCAUCACAUUAAAAAGCCAAUUGUGACAAACUUUAUCAAUGUUAUAUAAUAUCAAUGAUUUUUUCCAAUUUUGUCAUUUUCCAGGCAAACAGCCCUCAGCAGUUAAAGAAGUUUUAUGAAAAGAGCAAAUCUGUUUCUCCAAAGUGAGUGGCAAAAUAGCAAGCUAACAAUAUUUCAAUUCUUUGUAUGUCUUGAUCAAAAAGUACUUCAGUCUGUGCCUGCUUGUUUGUUAGAUACAAUCUGAUUACUGUAUGUAGUAGAAUAUCAUAUUUAUUUCAUGCUUUAUCAAUACUGAGUCUUAUUUUAUCCAUGAAUAGUAAACAACCGUUUUUUUGUUACCUCAGUAUACCAGCUGGUACUUCAAACCACUUGAAAGACCUACUUAUUGGAUUGUUAAAAAGGAAUCCUCGUGACAGGCUGGAUUUUGGUAAAUAAUUUUUAUAUCUUUGUUUAAUUUACUGAGAAGUCUGUUAAAAAACACAAAGAUUGAAGGUGAAUUGUAUAAGGUAGAUUGAGGCUAAUAUGUAUAAGAAAGUUUUAGUUUCCUCUAAAAAUGAUGGUGUUAUCUAAUUUAACCACAAAUCUUUCUAUUUACUCAUGUGCAAUCAAUAACGCUAAGUUUAUAAAAUGAGUUACUGCUGCUGUUGAUAAUCUGAGGACAAGGCUGAGCACAGAUGAGAGAAGAGAACAGAACCAUUUUGAGCUGAAAAUUUUUUUUAAGAAAGCGAGUUUCUAAGGCUGUGUUAGACAAAGUUUCACUCUGGGCACAUAAUACAUCUACAUGUACAUUUGUUUCCCAAAGAAAUGCAGCAUUCUUGUUGAAGGCUUUCACAGGGUAAUUUUCAGGGGGAGGGGAGGGGGGGGGUUGUGUGAGGAUUGUACAAUUUCAAGUAAUGAUAUGGCACCCUUAAUGUGUUUAUCAUCUAAGUAUACCAUCAUUAACUUGUGUAUCAAGCACCCAUCAGGGUAAUGAUUAUUAAAUAUAUAUUAACUUAUUUUUCUGUUUACAGGUGAAUUCUUUGCUCAUCCUUUCUUGACUGGCAGAGUUCCCCAUCGUGCAUGUAAGCAAAAACCUACAUGUAUCUUACUAAUAGUGUUAAUAUAGGCAAAUACAGCUGUAGGCAGUUAACUGGAACAUAGAAAGUAAAUUGAGCGAGAUGUUUGUCUUAGAAAGAAAUUCAUACAUGUACACCUGUCUGUGAAAACUUUCAUUAUGUUGACAGUAAUCCCUCUAGAAAUAUAAUUGACUUAAUUUAUUAAUAUAAAAGCAACCUACAACUGUAGUUUAACCUAAGAUUUAAAUGGCAGAAAUAAUUUAUUAAAAAUAUUAACAUUUUUUAUAUUUUAGACUCAGUAAACUAUAUAUCCCUAUCCUGGAAAUGUCCAUGGACAGCUUUUAAAAGAAUUGGAUAACUUUUGAAAUUGUUUUAACAUUUGAUUUUUUAAUAUCUUUCCACAUGUAUGUAGCUACCCCAGUUGCUGUCCCAGUUCCUCAGCGUAAACACUCUGGCAGUUCUCAUGGAACAAGGUCACCUUCCUAUUCCCCAGUAAGUGUGCCAUUAUCAUUAACAUUACUGUAACAUUGUUUGUUCAUGAGGAGGAGCUAGUGCAUAGACUAAAUAGCUGUUUAGAAAAGGAAGGCCAUCAAAGUAGUCAAUUUUCCCUAUGGACUCAGCUCCAAUGUUCACAGGAUGAGUUUUUCUCAACAUGUAGUAGAUAGACUUCAAGUUUUUUCAGAGACACGUAACCCCCAGAACCGGGAUUUAUGUGGGAAACAGUGUAAAGCAACCUACAUGUAUAUCACAGUACCAACUACCUGGGCAAGAGACAUACUUUUAAACACUAGAUUUUUCUGCUAAUGUUACAAAUCUAUUUCUUGGCAAGAAACUACUGUGACAAUCACUUACAUGUAAUGUGAAAACAUGGUUAGCCAGUUGGAUAUGCAGUGCAAGAGUGUCAAAAUAACUAACACUUUAAUCCAGUCCAUAAUUUUGAACAAGUUUCUCUCCUCAUUUUAUAAGUCAUAUAAAGUCACCUGUUAGUGCCCUUAUGUUUCUUUUUCUUUUUUUAUUCUCUGAAUUUAAUUCAAUAGAACUUUGGUGCAGAAGCUUUGGGUGACAUAAGAGUUGAUCUUCUUCAUCGCAUCACCCCACCCUAUGAUGGCACAGGCAUUUCCCCUCAGGACCCUCCCACAAUUAUGAAUAUCAGCACCUCUGCAAACAGUAAGUUUUGGGAAAGGCUUUGAAUUUUUAUGUAUUAAUUAAUGAAUAAAGAGAGAUAUAAAGAGGAUAUAUGAUAGCAUAAUGUUUAGCAUGCCAAGCUCUGGAUGUUGUUGUACAAACUUCAAACUGCACAGGCAAAAAUUCUGCAAUAAUGAAUUUUUGUAGAGGCCUAUUGGCUGUCUUAGUUCUGCAAGGUAUAGUUGUGAUGUGAAUAAAGGAGAUAAGUUUCUGUAGAAAUUGAGGUGCUGCAUUGGUGGGAGAGUACAACAAGGUAAUUUAGUAUUGUCAACUGAGUUGAUAACAUAAAUUGGCCACCGUAAAGAGUUUAGAAGCUGACAGAUUGAUCAUUACCCCCUCAUCCAAUCACUCUAAUAAUAAAUUACCCUGUUAUAGUUGUGAUGUGUUCCACUCAGUGGAUUGUUUUAGUGAAAAUGCAAUGACUUGCAAAUUUCCUGGUAAUGAUUGUGUACCUGGAGGUAUGCUAUGCAGGGUUUAGAAGUGCUAAAUUGUCAAAACUGGAAUUGGAAAGUUUAUAUUUAUUGCUUAUAUUUUAUCCUUUUUUUGUUUGUUUAUUUCAGACUCAGGUGCACAGCUUAGUUCUCAAGGUGCCUACCCUCCAAAUGCAGUGCAAGAUGAUGAGCUAGCUGCUGAGGUUUGUUUGAGAGUACUUAAUGCUGACUUGCCAUUUAGCUAGCCUGCAUAUUAAUCCAGUGCACAAGAUAUGGCCGACUAGCUAUUAGAGCAGCAAUCGAGAAGAGGGCUAAUACCCCUUCCCCAGCUCCCUGUACUAGGUGCUACAGUAGUGAUGUUGCUUGGGGAUGUGUCUCCAAAACAACCAAAUGUACAGUUCCCCUACCCUAGAUCUUACCUGUCCUGAAAAAACCAUUUCAAAGCAAACAAGAUUCUGAGACUGCAAUAGAGUAAUAAAGAGAGAUUAUAGAUGGGCGCGCGUAGAUAUAAAAUUUCUGUUCGGGUUGAACACUCGAACAAAAAUUGUCAACAAGCAACCAUGUAUUCUUGUGUUAAUCAUAUAAACACAACAGCCCUUUGCUGACAAUGAAAAGUCAACUUUAUUAAUGAAUGAAAACAAAAGGAUCGACAAUCCCUAAAUGAAAUUGUAAAGUGUGUUGACGCUAAGGCUCAACAUGAAAAAAUGCGUUGGAACACCACAAAAUCAAACCAUUAGCAUAAUUUUCAAUGUACAAAACUCUCAGUUAUUGACUCGGUCCUUACCAACAGAAGAAGUCUUUCAGAUACACGGCCAAAGUCGGACUGUGGUAAAUCUUCCAGUUGUCCAUUACCAAAGCCAUCGAAUACGUAACUUUCGGUUUUUCUUUCCGUAAUUUGGUUUCCUCCCUUUCUAGGAAAGUUUGAAUGUCACUGUCAGUAAGCGAUACGGAUUUUUCAGUGUUUUAGCAGCCAUGAUCCGGAAAAAAUUCCGUCAAAUGACUCCGUAUUGAGAAUCGUGAAGGCUUUGCCGUUCAUUCAUCAACCCGACCGAGUGGCGCGAAAGGCGAAUGACGUGUCAGCAGCUGAUUGGCGAUCAAACACACGUGGAAAAAUACGAUAUUUUUUCACGUGUGUUGUUAAGGCUUUUCGCAGGGCUAGAAAUCCUUGUAUAACCCCGUAGUUUAUAAGAUAAAAUGGCUGUAAAUAACAGAGAAGAGUAGAUAAACCAUGCCCUAUUUCAGAUACUCUGUAUAAGAGACUACCCCUCUUCAGCCUGAGACUUCAAUUAUUAUUCCUUCCCCCUCCUUGAGGAAUUUGUUCCUUCUUAAUUCUAAUCGGUAUAAAAUUCAACCUUAUCAAUUAGGGUUUUGUGCUGGUCCCAUCUAAUCCAGAAACUCCAAGUGAGUAUUCAUAUUUGUUUGUAUAGAAUACGUCUGAAGCUACAUGUAUACCUUGACAAAAUCAUUGCUAUGGUCUUCUUAAUCUAAACUGCAAUGCAACAUACACAUAAUUCUGUAAUUAGGAUAAUUUUAGAUUUGAAGUUGUAACUGUAUUAUAACAAAAACGUUUGCGUGACUCCAUCAUUUUCACGGUCAGGUUACAACCAAACAGAACAUGAUUCUAAACCUUUCGUUUUUAUUACGCUGUCCAUUUAGAGGUUUUAAUUAUCACCAUCACACUUAAGAUUUUUUUUAAAGAACAAGUCUUAAUAUCUGCUUUGAUGACUUAAUUUUUUCUGGUCUUAGUUUAAGUAGUAAAAACAAUUAUCAAGAUAAAAUUAGAUUUAAAAAAAUUAAGACUUGCUUAACCUUCACAUAUAAGUGUAGAACUGUACUCGACAAGAAUGAAUCAUCAAGCUAAUAAUUUUAGUUUCUCCUUAAACUAUUCAUACACUGUCAAGCAGAAAGGUGCCGAGAAGAAAUGAAACUAUAAAUAUGGGAAGUUUGUUUGGUUUAAAACUGAAUUCUCAGAGCUUAGACUAGUCGAAAUGUAUGGCGGAAAGAGGGAGAAUUUAUAUUUUUAUCUUGUUGGUAGAAGGGUGUAAUAAGAUGAAUUUCAAUUUGUCUCCAGGAUAUCAUCAGCAGAGGCAUCAUUCUGAUCCGCUGUUUCCUUUCUACGGGUAAAUAUUCUUUCUCAUUAGCUCUGCAGAUUUAGUUAGGAUCUAUUAAAAUGAUACUGUAAUUUCUUCCUUUUCCAUAGCCAAUCACCUCCAAGGACUGUCAGCAGUCCACAGUCUCCUUCUCCUCCAUCAUCACGCACUCCUCAGAGAGCCACCUUUAUGGUGGGUUCGCCACAGUCAGCAUCCCCAGUCUCCCCACCUUCACCUCUGGUACAGGCCCCGCCUGCUCUUUCCCCAUUGUCAUCUCCAUCAUCUGCAGAAUCCCCUCCAGUUGAAAUCACAAUAAGAAAGCGCACAAGUGCCUCUCCAGGACCUACACCAAAGGGUCAGCUAUCAUCCUCUCCUCUGCCUAUUCCACGCAGUGGAAGUGUACCCAAACAGGCACCCUCUCGAACCUCCCCGUCCCCUACUCACCACGGAGCCAGUUCAGGCAUGACUCCUAGAAAGCAGAUAGUUGGCACCCCGUCCUCUAAACCGUUAGUAGGCAAGAGCCCAAAUAGUAGCCCAAGUGCAUUGAAAAGUGGCAGCAGCCGAAAAAACAGUCCAGCAACACAGAGACAAGCAGCGCAGGUUAGCCCCAAGGGAUCUUCUAUCCCUCUCACUGCUGCUGCUCAAGCUUUAAGUGCGCAAGCACGGUCUGAGAUGACCGUGGGCUUGCACCAGCAAGCUUUUGCAGGAUUUUCUAACACGAAUGCUGAUAAGGGGCUGGCACGGGGUGCAGCAGUUGGGACUUUCCGAAGAGCUCUCUCCAAUAUUGAACCUUUGGUUACUCAGUCACCGGACAGCUCAUCAAUAUUGACAGCUCUGGCUCGUCAUUCAAGGUCAGGAAUGGGUGUCCCAAUAACAGACCUCUCUGAGCCAGGAGCAGAGACCAAGCAGAUCAUACGCGUGCACAGCUCGCCGGCCAUACUAGCAAUGGGCCUUCCAAGGAAGGGAAGCUUGUUGGCAUCAACAGGGUUCCAACUAGGGGCUGCAGGAACAUCUCCCGUGUUCCGUCGGAAUUCAGGUGGUGGAUUCACCCCCCUGAGAGGAAAGAGUCCACCUAUUUCAUCCUCUCCUACCGGACUUCCUACCAUACCAGGCUCGCCGACAAAGACAUCCCAUAGUACGGAGGCCAGCGAUCCCACAGUUGAUCCUGACAAUAAGAUGAAGCCCUUGAAGGGUCUUUUUACUGUUGGGUCGUGUUCGCCAAAAACGAGUGAGAAUAUGUUUCUACUCGGGAGGAAUUCACCAAACGCGACUAAGAAUGGAGAGAAACCUGCUGUUGUUAGUCAAGGUAAACAUUACGUGUUAGAGUGAUUUUCGAUGGAGUGGCGUGGAACUAAAACCAAGGUAAUCACAUCUAUCAAUCAGAAACCAAGCAAUCUGCAUAAGCGCGUGAAAAGUGGUAACAGCAUGAAAAAUAAAUUUAGAUUUCUACCUUUUUAGUAAUGGGGUCUAUGUCAUACUAAGAAAAAUUUACAAAGAGGGAUUAUCAUUAUUUCCUUCCUUAUGUGUGAAUAGUAAGCAAUUUUACAACUACUGGAUGUGAGCUGCUGAGAGACCGUUCACCCUGACGCCUUGAUUAUCUCGACAGGAACGAAAGUCACUCUCGGAUUUGGAGACAAUUUUCCUCCCAGGAGCCCCAAGAGGCUCAUGGUUGGACGAGAGGAAACCGAGGCGUCUUCACCAGACAUGGAGGGCCCCAUAGCUCUUAUAGCUCCUGAACUGCCAGAGGAUACUCUCUUAGAUGUAAGAAAAUAGCUAUAACUGACUUGCAGCGGUAGUCCAUUGAUUGUAAUCAAACUGAACUAACGAGAUCACAACGGCCAAUUAAAACAAGGGAAUAUCUCAGUUGCAUCCAAUGGGAACGCAAAGAAGAACAGCAAAGCAGCCCCAAAUCAGUAACCCUUAAGAGUGAUUAGUAUCUUAUCUCUCCAUACAGUAUCACUGUUGAUUUAAACACGAAGGUCAUGCGAAUAAGGGAAAUGAUCACCCGCCAGAGAAGCUCUCGACUGUUGAAUAAAUUCUCCAUGUCAGUACCAUUUGGAAUGGAUACAAAAUAGUAUGGAGAAUAUGCAUGAUGAUCUUGCGGUGUAAAGGGUUAAGUGUGUGAAACACUGUUGUAUUAAGUAUGCAUCUGAUUGGUUGAGGGAGAGGUGCGAAUUUUCUAUAAUAAUAAGAGAGAGUAUUGAAGCAAAGCUAAUGUAAUCCCAAGUCAAUUUUUUGCAAUCAAUUGAAAGUUGAUCUCCAACAGAUAUACCAUGUAUAUAAAUUUGUAUUUGCGAAGACAUUCAGAGCGACCCUUAUUGUCAGAAAAGCCUUCAAAGUCCCAGAUAAGCUUUUCUUUUUUUUUUAGGCUAAAAGAUAUUUUUUUUAAGUCAGAGGUUGGGUGUUUUCUGCGAUUCUUUUACAAUCACAGAUUGCAAAACAGAGCGAAACAACGUUGUUGUUAACUUAUAACCUAAGGGAAAUGACGGCUUCCCAUUUUCUUUCAUUUGUAAAAACCCCAGAUGGAGCACACGGAGGGCGUAAGGAAACUCAAUUUCGUUUUGUCAUUGACGGAUGCCAUUCUUGAGGUGAUCAGUGCCAGGGGAACACCUUUUACAGUGCUGACAGACUCUGUGGCCAUCCGACAAGUACGUAUUUUGAUGUUGUUUUUUGGCUGCCCUUGGUGAAUUGCGUAGUUGAACAGGUUAAAAGUCUCGCAUCCGUCUAUUAAUGUGACGAAUGAAUUGUUCGAUUAUUACAAAAAUUUUAAAUCUUUGUUCUCCUUCGUAACAAAUGUUUUUCCCUCUUACAGAACGAAAGCCUCCUCGCAGACCAGAUUGGACUGAAAAGUGACGAGUUAAGGUAACACGCGUUUUGAUUAGGUCUUACUGAUGAUCUAUUGGAGGACAGACGCAAAGAUGACAUCACCAUUACCAACAUUUUGCAUUUUGAUCAUAUAAAACAAAUAGAUUCCAUGUUGCUGUGGGUCUGUAGAGUAAUAGAUCACAGAUGACGUCUAAGUGUGGUAAGAACAUCAGUGAUACACUCGGCUGCGCCUCGUGUGCCACGUUUUGUUCUUUCCACUCUUUGACAUCAUCUGUGAUCUAUUACUGAACUGACCCAUAGAAAGAUGAAACAUAUUUGUUAAGGAGAGGAUCACUGGACUCGGAUUUGCAAAUACAGACUUUACCUUAUAGCGAAGUAUUUGGUUUUACUUAGAUGUGACUUACUAAGGUCCCAACAUUUUGCAGGAAAAUGGAACAGCUGGUACUGUACGUGAAAGCUCUACGAGCUCUUAAUCUAUCUCUUCUCUUCGCACAAGGAGAAAUCAGAGUUGGCCACCUAAAACCCUCCAAUGCUGUCAAGAAUGGUGAGACAGAUAGAUGCUCUGAGGCCUUACCCUUUCCUACAGGUGCUUGUAACAAGCCUGAACGAAGCAUUAAGUUUUUCUAUUAUCUUUCUUUACAAUUUUCAGUUCUAAACGACUUGAACAGUCGAUAUCACCGGUGUUUGGAGAAGGCGUCCAACCUGAAGCAGCUCUUAGAACCUGGACUACAGACACUUGAUGGAAAAUCUAUGACGGUGAGCUUACAAUAUGUAUUUGUUAAAUCCUUUCGAGAAUUAAAUCAGCUUUCUGUAACAUAAUUGCUUUGGUUUUGCUACUAUUCGCUUUGCAAUUGGCGUAAAACUUUGCACCAUUGCCGCUACCAAAGAAUAAUAUGCAGAGCUUAUAUCAAUCGUGGCUUGGUCACUCGCGUUUCCAAGCUUCAGACGAGUUUCGUCCAUUUCAGCUUCUCAUGGGCCAUUUUCAAAAUAUGUCUUUGUCGAAUGGGUUGUUGUGAUGAAUUUUAUUUUGUUUUAGGAAACCUCAUUACAAAGGGCGGGGCUCUAGGCUACGUACGUUCGAUUGACCUCUCCGCUCCUUUUCUGCACUCUUUGUUCUCCUUUUCCCCCACCCCCCUCCCUAGCCCCCCCUUCCAUCAGUAUUCCCUGGAUACUACUCAAUUCAAAUUGUCUUGCUGGUGCUUUGUUUACAAACGCCUAGAGGUGAGCUGUGGCGAGGUUGCUUCUCUAUCCACUGCUUCAUUUGACGCAGAGUAAAAUACAUCUUAUAUCCUUCUCACAGGUCAGCGCUGACAGACUGAUGUACCAUUACGCCAUGGAACAGGUAACUACCUUUAACGUUGAGGCAUGCCAUUCGCUAUUUGCUAGAUCUUGUAUUUUUUAUCAAGUUUCCUCCUGUUUUUGUUUUUGUUUUUGUUUUUGAUUCUUUAGUGUCAAAAUGCUGCCCUCGACGAGGUGUUCGGAAACCCAAAAGAGGUGACUAACAGUCAUUUGUUUGUUCCACGUGUUCAUUGUUUCUUGUCAAGUUCUGUUUUUUCUCGUCUAUCAGCAGUUUAAAAUGUUUUUCUUUAUUCUCUCUUUUAGUCUAACUCUAAAUUUUUUUCAGUGUAAGGUCAAGUACGAGACUGCUCAGGUUUUACUUCAAGGCCUGGAGGAAGAAGCUCAUACUGACGAAGAUCGGCGUCUGUUGAAUAAAUGUAUCCUUUGGUCUCGUUUGUGGCGCCUUGUUUGCGCCGCCUCAACGAAAUAAUUACAGGCUCCGAAUCCUGAAUAUCUUUUUUCUUCUCCCUCCCCACUAAUGCCACCCAAAAAGUUAAAGUUACUGAGGUCUUUUCAUCUUGAAUAAGGUGCACACCAUGUCACAAAAGUAUUUUAAAUAAGGGAGGAGUAGUCUUAAGCAACGUUGGGCAUAAUUUAAUGUCACUUCAGAAGAAUAGAGAAUUGAAAGAUUCUGCUUUGUGAAAGACCACAGAGUGCUCACCAUUCUAUUCCUUCCCAUUUUUCAAUUUUUUGGAACACCGCGAGUUAGCCAAUAAAAGUGUUAAUUACAUAGUCAUUACUUGGGUGGCGUAGGCUAUACACAAUGUAAUGCCUUUAAAAUGGUGAUACAACCAGUUACAUCAAGCCCUAUAUAGACGCAAAUUUGUGAACCAGUGUCACUAUUUACCAGCUUGACGAUUGGUUCCUUAACGAAAACUAUAGAUAAAAUCGCCGUAGAUAAACGGCUGACGUGUAUUUCCAGGACGAGGACACGCAAAACCAGUCAAAGUAACACCAGAUAA